GCCUUCAACUUUAUGGAUAGAAGAAAACAUUUUUUUUUCCCCAGCUGUCUUUUUUUCAUUUGAAAGUUGCCCCACAUACUCUGAUUGGAUUUGGUUUGCUUUCCAUGCUGGCUGUAAGUCUAACUCUGAUCUGAAGGGCUGGAUGUGACCUGCUUCUCCAAGAAUUGCUGGAAGAGUUUGCCCACUUUGCAGGCAUGCAUCUGUAGCAGAAUUCCAUAUACUAAAGGGGAGAAUAAAAAAAAAGGUGUGUUAUCCCUGGGAAGUAAGCAGAGAUGCCUUUUGUAGGAAGAUACUUGAUCACUUCCAUCUUGGUGCUACUUCUUCUCUGGGGUGGAGAGAAGAUUAAAGCGCAGAGAGCAGGUUGUAAGAACGUCCACUAUGACCUGAUCUUCCUGCUGGACACUUCCUCCAGCGUGGGCAAAGAAGACUUUGAGAAGGUCCGCCAGUGGAUAGCUCACCUGGUGGAUACGUUUGAGAUUGGACCAGACAAAACCCGUGUUGGGGUCGUCCGGUACAGCGAUCACCCAACUACUGAGUUUGACCUUGGGAGUUACGGGACUCAACGCGAGAUCAAAGAAGCUGCAAAGGGCAUCAAAUACCUUGGGGGGAACACAAACACUGGAGAUGCCCUGCGGUACAUCAAUAGUUACAGCUUUUCCGCACAGGCCGGCGGGAGGCCAUACGAUGAUGCCAUCAAGAAAGUAGCGAUCCUCUUGACGGACGGCAGGAGCCAGGAUUACGUCUUGAGUCCGGCCUCAGCAGCACAUCGAGCUGGCAUCCGGAUUUUUGCGGUGGGCGUCGGAGAUGCCCUUAAGGAAGAAUUGGAUGAAAUUGCUUCUGAGCCAAAAUCGGCCCACAUCUUCCACGUUUCUGAUUACAACGCUAUUGAUAAGAUACGGGAGAAGCUGAGAAGAAGGCUUUGCGAGAAUGUCCUGUGUCCAAAUGUUCACGUAGAAGGAGACCGGUUCAAACACUCCAAUGGAGAAAUGGAUGACAUACCAGGGUUUGACUUGAUGGAAUUAUUUAGCGUGCGGGAGAUAUUCCGAAUGAAAGACAAUGGAAUUCAGAGCUCUUAUGUUCGUCUUGGAACCUCCCCCAUUGUUCAGCGAACACAAGAUGUCUUUCCACAAGGACUUCCAGAUGAGUAUGGUUUUGUCGCCACUUUCAAGUUCCGCAAGUCAUCCAGGCGAGAAGAUUGGUACAUUUGGCAGAUCAUUGACAAAUAUGGCAUACCACAGGUUUCCAUUCGGUUAGAUGGGGAGAACAAAGCCUUGGAGUACAAUGCAGUUGGACUCACCAGAGAUGCUGUGAGAGUGGUCUUCAAAAACGGACCUGUCAAUGACCUGUUUGAUCGUAACUGGCAUAAGAUUGCCCUGAGCAUCCAGUCUCAGACGGUCUCCUUAUACAUCAAUUGCAAACUGGUCCAGACAUUACCUAUUGAAGACAGAGAAAAUAUUGACAUCCAAGGGAAAACAGUGAUUGGCAAACGCCUUUAUGACAGUGUGCCAAUUGAUUUUGACCUUCAGCGGAUGGUUAUUUAUUGUGAUUCACGACACGCUGAGUUUGAAACCUGCUGUGAUAUUUCUCCUGGACCUGAUUGUCAAGUGACAGUUGUUACCGAUGUUCCCACUCCGGUAAUUCCAUCGACUGUCCCAAAUGAGCAGAUUGGACCUACCAAGACAGUCAAUUGUUCCUGUACUCCAGGAGAAAAGGGGGAGAGAGGCCUUCCUGGAUUUGAAGGACUGAGAGGACAAAAGGGAGACAUUGGACCAAUUGGACCUCCUGGCCCAAAGGGAGACAAAGGAGAAUCAGGUGGGGAAACAUUUGGACGAGGAGAAAAAGGACAAAAGGGUGAAAAGGGACCCCAAGGUUUACCUGGUCUAAUGGGUGAGAGAGGAGAACGGGGUUCCAUUGGUGCAUCCGGCAUCCCAGGAAACGAUGGAGCCAAAGGAGAAACUGGAGAACCUGGUCUUCCUGGAGCAUCUGGCCUUCCUGGACCAUCUGGCCCAAAGGGAGAAGAAGGGCGUCUAGGUCCCCCAGGUCGUCAAGGUUAUGUUGGAGCACCUGGUUUGCAAGGGGAAAGGGGAGAAAAAGGACCCCGUGGUGACAAGGGAGAACGUGGCCUUGACGGUUUUCCUGGGAAGCCUGGCUUGGAUGGAAAACAGGGUGCCAAAGGAAGUCCAGGUCAACCUGGACCUGUAGGACCACAAGGAGAAAAGGGUGAAAUUGGAUCUCCUGGAAAACCAGGCUCAGCAAUUGAAGGCUUGAAAGGAGACCAAGGAGCUCCUGGCCCACGGGGACCCAUGGGGCCUCCGGGAAAUCCUGGUGUUUCAGGACCACCUGGACCAGAAGGCAAGAUGGGAUCUCCAGGUCUACAAGGUCUACGGGGCAAGAAAGGAGAAGCAGGUCUCCCUGGAGUUGAUGGAUUAUCUGGGCCUGCUGGUCCCCCAGGACCUCCUGGACUUGCUGGUUCUCCUGGACUUGCUGGAUCUCCAGGUCAACCUGGAGAAGCUGGCAGAAAUGGUGAACGAGGGCCGCCGGGUUUACCUGGAAAAUCUGGUCAAGAUGGUUUACCUGGUCUUCCAGGCUCAAAGGGAGAACAAGGGGAAAAGGGAGAAGCUGGUGAAGCAGGCUCCAAGGGUGAAUCAGGCCCCCCUGGACCAGCUGGCAUAGUGGGCGAGAGGGGUGAAGCUGGUCUUCCAGGCCAAUCUGGUUUGCCUGGUCCAAGAGGAGAAAAAGGAAACCAGGGUGAAAAAGGAAGAGCUGGGCUCACUGGCUUCAAAGGUGAGAGAGGAGAAAAGGGUGAAAUUGGUGCUCCUGGUCUCCCAGGUCCACCUGGAAAAGUUACCUCAUUUACACCAAGGCCUAGUAUUCCAGGAGAACAAGGUCCAAAAGGUGAAAAAGGUGAUCGUGGAGAAAGAGGUGAACCCGGAGAACGAGGUGUUCCAGGAAAACAGGGUCCAAUCGGACCUGUGGGGUCAGAGGGUCUGAAAGGACAAGAAGGGGAAGUAGGUCAUCCUGGACCUCCAGGAGAAAUGGGUGUCCCUGGACCUGCAGGACCACCUGGCCCACGUGGUUUGCCUGGGAAUGUGGGUAUACCAGGAGCUACUGGUCAACCAGGAACUGAUGGACAAAAAGGAGAAAAGGGAGAACCUGGUAAGGAAGGAAAACUAGGUCCACCUGGACCUACAGGUGAACCAGGAGCUGUUGGAGGACCUGGAUUACCUGGAAAGGGUCGAGAUGGAGAAAGGGGUGAAAGAGGUCCACCAGGUUUACCUGGACCCUUUGGGCAGAAGGGAGAUCGAGGUGCUCCAGGUGUUCCAGGUCAACCAGGAGAUAGAGGAACCCCAGGUGUUGGACUUUCAGGGCCACUAGGACCUGUGGGACCUCCUGGAGAGAAAGGGCCACCGGGUUCUCGGGGUUUACCAGGCAUCCAAGGUCCCCCUGGACUGACUGGUCAGGAUGGUUUACCUGGAAAUCCAGGAGAAAGAGGACCACCAGGAAAACCAGGUUCCCCUCCUAUCCUUACCCCUGAUGACAUCAGACUGUUCGUUAAGGAUAUUUGCACUGAUUGUCCCCCUGGGCCCUCUGGUCUCCCUGGAAUGCCAGGACAGAAGGGUGAUAAAGGCCUUCGAGGCUCACCUGGGAAUGAUGGACCCGUUGGAAAAAGGGGAGAACCUGGACUGAGAGGUCCCCCUGGACCUCCAGGAGGGGAAGGUCCCAAGGGUUCUAAAGGAGAGGAUGGGGCAUCUGGUGAAGCUGGACUGAAGGGUGAACAGGGUCAUCCUGGGAUGCCUGGCUUCAUGGGUCCCCCUGGGAAUCCAGGCCCAGCUGGAGCAGAGGGCUCCCCGGGGCCUGUAGGCUCUCCAGGACCUCCAGGAGAAAUGGGGAAAGAAGGUCUCCCAGGACCUCAGGGACCCCCAGGAUUGCCUGGACUCAUGGGUGUAGCUGGAAAUGAUGGAAAAGAUGGCAAACCAGGAUCACCGGGGGAACCAGGUAAGCCUGGAGACCCAGGGCUACCAGGCCAAGAAGGUGCCAGAGGACCACCAGGUUUUAAGGGUCCAAGAGGAGAUGCAGGAAGUCCUGGCAUGAGAGGAGAACCGGGUCAACCUGGAACUCCGGGCAGGGAGGGGCAAUCAGGAAAAGACGGAGAUCCAGGGCCUGUGGGACCAGAAGGACCCCGAGGACUUCGAGGAAUAGCAGGCAAGACUGGACCUCCAGGUGCUACUGGGGAAUCUGGUCCUGCAGGUAACCCAGGCUCCAAGGGAAGCAAAGGUGAAACUGGUAGCCCAGGCGUUCCUGGUUUCAUUGGGCCACGAGGACUUCGUGGAGAAGCAGGCGAAAAGGGGGUCCCAGGGAAAGAGGGCACCCCGGGAAGUCCAGGAGAGCAUGGACAAAAAGGGGAUAGGGGAGAUCCUGGAGGCAAAGGUGAAAAAGGCCCUGCGGGAGUAAAGGGACCACCAGGUGAUCCAGGAGUUCCUGGCCGCAAAGGACACACGGGAUUAAUGGGUCCCCCGGGACCAUCAGGAGAGUCAGGACAAGUUGGUCCUCCUGGCUCUCCAGGACAACCUGGUUUUCCUGGGCCUAGAGGAGAUCCUCCAUCAACAGAAACAUUGCGAAGACUUAUCCAAGAAGAGUUAGUUAAACAACUUGAUGCCAGACUGCCCUACCUCAUAAGUCAGUUGCAGCCUUCCCAGAUCAAAGCACCCCAAGGUAGACCAGGGCCUCCUGGAUCACCUGGAGCAGAAGGUCCUCCUGGUAGAGUCGGCCCUCCAGGACAACCUGGUAGACCUGGACAACCAGGUUCAGAAGGUCCAUCAGGACCUAUGGGACCAAAAGGUGACGGAGGAGAGAAAGGAGAAAAGGGAGAUCCUGGCAUUGGCCAGAGAGGUGAAACUGGUCCCCCAGGAGUAGCAGGUAUUCCAGGUGAACCUGGCUAUGGUAAGGAUGGACUUCCUGGAGCACAAGGUCCUCAAGGUGAAGCUGGGACUCCUGGCCUUAUGGGCCCCCCAGGACCUCCAGGGGCCAAUGGACAAUGUGAUCCCUCCCAAUGUGCUUAUUAUGCAAGCCUAGCCGCUCGGCCCAGCAACAUCAAAGGACCUUAAAAAACCUAGCCUCCAUCGCUGCUUGUGGACCUAUCAUGGGAGUUGGGAGAUCCUAUCUCUUUUUCUUCUGUUCUUUGACAAGGAGCAUGGAGACUCUGAAAAUCAAAUACUGCCGGACAGUCGAGUUUUUAUGAUGAAGAAAAUGAUUAAUUUGCAUUAUUUUAUGCAGUGAGAAGUGAUUUUUUUCUGGGAAGAUUUUCUUUCUUUUUUUUUCUUUUUUAAGAAUAUUUUUAUAUAAAGAUUGAGGAUGAUUUCCCUCCCCCCAUUUUUUUUAAUAGAUGGUCUUCUAGAAAGUUCACCUAAAACAGAAAAGAAAGGAAAAGGGUGGGUAAGUAGAUGCUAGGGGCCCUUGAUAGAUAUUUAGAUUUCUGUUUGCUAGCUUAACCACCAUUCAUGGGUGAAACAUCUGGAGGUGCUGUGCUAUUGGCUAUUAAGGCUUUGUCCCGCAAGUGCUCAGUAGAGAUUUAGAUGUAGCAAUCCCAGUCUCCUGAGGGCAACAGGACAGAUGGAAGAGACAGUUUGCACGUGUCUUUGCACACUCUUAGGAAGCUCUUUUGCUUAGCAUGGCUGAGCACAGACCUCUGUGUUAAACUUAGGAGAAAAAUGAGGACGAGAAAAGUCCAGGCAACAGUGGCAGAUAGGAGCAUGGACAAUUAAAGAUUUCAUGCUUCUUCUAUUGUAUCUUCCAACUCGCAGGUUGGAAUUGCUUUUUGAAAAACUUUGUGGGUUCCUAAUCAUAUCUUUCUAAUUGCAACCAGAGAUCUUCACCAGAUCCAGCUUUUUUUUUAUCAACAGUUGUUUUGCAGUUAUUUGCUUGUUCAGUAAAAUGCAUCUGUGAAAAUUCAUUUUUCAUCUUUUUUUUUAAAACCUUUGGCCUAAUUGCCCGUAGGAUAACUGAUCUUUUAGCAGUGCAACUGUGGGUAUGUAUGCUCAAAAGCAUACUUUUGGUGCUUGAUCUCUUAUAAAUAUGACCAGCAAUGCAUCUUCAAAAUAAAUUUCUGGGAAAUUAUGAAAAAGAAUUCUUCUGCCAUCACCAUCAUCUUUUCCCAAAGAUUAUUCAUCUAAUUCUGUUACUGUCUUCUGUGACUGCUAAGCAGCCAAUACAAAAUAAUAUUUGGAGCUCACGAAUGGUGGGCUCCUUAGUGCUCUCUGAGCUUGGUGGUUUCUUUGAAGAAGUUUCAUGAUCCAACUAAGU